AUGGCUCCAAUCAAGUCAGUAGCAGUCGUCGGUUCUGGAAUCAGCGGGGUUUCUUCAGCAGCCCACCUUCUCCGCCACGGCUUCGAGGUCGUCGUAUUCGAGCGAUCCAGUGUUACCGGCGGCGUUUGGCACUUCGAUCCGCGACCAGAUCGGGAUCCCGAGUACCCGAGCACAGAGACACUCGACGCCGAUCGCACACCCAUCGCUGUACGAGACGCCAAGGGAAUUCAAGAUGCUCAGGACGAGGAUGACAUCGCACUGCAGCAUGCGCCACCGGGGCCUUGCUAUGAGCGACUCAUGAACAACGUCCCAACAACAAUGAUGAGGACCACCCUGCUGCAGUGGCCCGAAGGAACUCCGGAUCAUGUCACUCAUCACGAGAUCGAGACAUACGUGCAGCGUCUGUCACGAGAAACCGGUGCCCACGACGUGACGCUAUUUGACACUCGCGUCGAGGAAGCUGUCAAGAACGCGGCGACGGGCAGGUGGGAGGUCCGCACCAAGACCCUCCGCAAGGAUGAAGACGGAAAACACUCCUUCCAUGAAAGGAGUUGGACGUUCGAUGCCGUUGUCGUUGCCGCGGGCCACUACCACGUCCCGCUUAUCCCGGAAGUCCCAGGUCUUGCCGAGUGGAAGAGGAAAUAUCCAGACAGAGUGAGGCACUCGAAGAGCUAUCGAUACCCACAUCACUACAAGGACCAGAAUGUCCUGCUCAUCGGGGCGGGAGUGUCAUCUCUCGACAUCGCCAAGGAGCUCGACGGGCUAGCCAACAAGACGUACCAGUCUUCCCGCGGAGGCAUAUUCGACCUUGACAAGUCCUUGCUGCCGCCUAACUCGGAACGCGUUUCGGGCUUGAAAUCAUUCAAGCUUGACGAGGGAAAGAGUGUGUCCUCUGGGUCUGAAACACCGGGCGCACCCAUCCCAGGCACGGUGCAUCUCACCGAUGGGCGCGUGCUGCAUGACAUACACCAUGUCAUCAUUGCCUCGGGCUACCAGACCACAUAUCCAUUUCUCACGGGGCUGGAGUCCGAGGCCAUAGAUGCUGAUGACGCGGACGAGAAGAUCAUAAUCACGGCUGACAAGUGUGUUACACAUAAUCUUCAUAAAGACAUAUUCUACAUGCCAGACCCGACACUGACAUUCGUCGGUGUGCCAUAUUACACUUCCACGUUUUCGAUGUUUGAGUUCCAAGCCGAAGUCGUUGCGCGCGUCUACAAGGGUCUAGCUACGCUACCUUCGGAGGAAGAAAUGCGCCGCGAGUAUGCUGCUCGCAAAGAGAAGGGGGGCAAGGGCAAGGCGUUCCACAGCCUGAUCCAGAACCAAGUCCCUUAUAUGGAAGAGAUUCUCGCAUGGGUGAACGAGGGUGUCGAAGAGAGAGGAAUCGAGCCAAUGAAGGGAGUUGACGAGGCGUGGUAUAGAGGAUACGAGGAAUUCAAAGAGAAGUCGAGACGGUUAAUACCAGUGGACUCUAACCAGAUACAGCAGCCCAUUGCGAGCAAGUACUAUACGUCGGACGAAUAG